CCCGCCGUCAUUUUCUAGGAACAACCAUCCACGUCAGCCAUUGCAGCCAUUAUCUAGCUCAGGCUCUACUAGCACGAUCUUUUCAGCCUGGCUUCCGAACUCUAGUCGCAUUCUCUAGGUUAGAACUAGAGAGGACGGUGUAGUGGACAACAAACUUGAUUCUUGGUCUGCGAUCGCGCUUCCAUACGCUUCAGAACGCCGGCAGUGCCUUUUCAGAGAGAUUCACCUUCUUGGAGGCUGGUCUUCCGAAAUACUCGGAAGGACCAGAUGUAGUCUCCUUCCGUACGGUCCGCGCGCCGAAUCAGCUAUGCACCCUCUGCUUCCGAUCGAUUCCUCGACUUAUCGGUCGAUCAGGCGUCAUGCGUCACGGCCUAGUCACCUCUGAACUCAGCUUCACUGUAGUGCCACGUGUGCCACGUGUACAAUUGGACCUCCUCUUAUGAUUGGCUGUCUAGUUGAUAUGUAAGGGCGGAAAAUCCGCUUUCACGCCUUUCCAUGCUGCUGCAAGUGCACCUUCAAGGUACCCUUAGGGUGGAUCACAUCACAUCAGACCAGUUAACCGUACCUAGAGAAUUCCGCUGUCUCCUCUUAUGAUUGGGCUGUCUAGUUGAGAUGCAAGGGCGGAACUCCGCUUCCUCGCCUUUCCAUGCUGCUGCAAGUGCGCCUUCAAGCUACCCUUAGGUUCUCACAUCCCGCCUUAGCUCCCCUCAGGGUAUCACAUCAGACCAAUUCUCCGUACCAGGGAAAACCCGCCGCCUUGACAUUACACGCCACUCUAGUUGGUCUCGUACGCGUUACAAAGAGUCCCGUUUGACUUGAUAGGAAAAGAACGGACUCGCAUCAAUUGUACUCAUGGGCGCGGUGCCUCCAGGUCUCGCCUUCAUUCAGUACCUGCACCGGCGGCGCAGCUGUUGAGGGCGUAGCUCCGUCGGCGACACAGUUUCCGCUAUUGCACCACUUCGCUACUGUCACAUCCGCUCUUUGAGUCUUUGAGGCGCCCAAUUGAUCAUCUGCACCAAGUGAUCAAUCAUGGGCGCCGUGCCUCCAGGUCUCGCCUUAAUUCAGUACCUGCACCGGCGGCGCAGCUCCCGCCAUUACACCACUGCCACAUUCACAUCCGCUCCCUUCACCUUCUAUGGCCAGCAGACCGCCGUCCUCGUUAUAACCUUCCUCGCUUACGCGCUCUUCCACGCCACCCGGAAACCCCCCAGCAUCGUUAAAGCCGUCCUGAACCCGUUGCCCGCGGCCGCUCCCCUCGCGUCCCCCUCGUUUCCCGCCGAAAAUCCCGCCGCGAUCCCCCCGCCUUCGUCCACGCAAGGGUUCCCGAGAUCCCCGCCGCCAAUUGCGGCGCAUCCCCCGCCACCAAUUGCGGCGCAUCCCCCGCCGCCUGCGCCUCCUGGGAGAAAGAAUCUAGAGGUCGGAGGUCUGGAGGGUAACUUAAGAACGAUUGGAGUUAGUAGGGUCUAUGAGGCCUAUAGACAGCAGGCGCCGGAAGCAGGGUUUCACAACAGUAUUGCGGAGAGUGGUGUUCCAAAGGGCUCUAUGUAUUGGGAGAGACGGCAGCAGGAUUCUAACGAGGAUAGAGUGCAACGAAGCUCAGGCGGAGGAGGGGAGGUGGACGGGGUUGAUUCGGAAGGCUUAGGGGAGGACAGGAGCGCAAUAGAAAGGCGGAAGCUGAAGCGGUUUGCUGGUCUAUGGCGGAGGGAGCUACCUGUUAUUGAUGGGAGACGGGAGGUAGCCGGUGGUGAUGGGAGAAGGGAGUUACCUGGUGGUGCUGCAAUGAAACGGCAAGUCGCAGGAAAGAGCACCUUAGGGCCAGUGCAAACGUUUGGGGCCAACACCUCUUCUGCAGAGUCAGAGUCAGAGUCAGAGUCAGAGUCAACUGGCCCAGCAAACAACAGCAUAUCGGUCCAAGUGGGGAAGGUGGCGGACGCGGCUAAGGCAGCAGCGGGCGCAGCAGGUGCAGCAGUAACGGCAGGGGUAAACGCAGCCGAAGCGGCAGCAGGAGCAGCAGCAGGCGCAGCAGUAGACGCAGCAGGAGCAGCGGGAGUAGCAGCAGCAAGGGCAUCAGCCGCCGCAGCUGGGAUAGACUCCUCUAAGGGGCACCACUCGGGGCUGAAUACAUAUGGUUGGCCGCCGUUCAAUGGGACGAACGGCCAGGCUCUUCUAGGGGAGCUAGAUGUAGCUUUUCUGGCUUCAUAUGCAGUUGGAAUGUACGCGGCAGGUUCCUGCGGUGAUAGAAUGGAUCUCCGGGUGUUUCUUUUCGUGGGUAUGCUCGGGUCCGGCAUCUUCACGUGCCUCUUUGGAGCGGGGUAUUUCCAGAAUAUACACUCUGUGGAGUAUUACCUCGUGGUGUCGGUGUUUGCCGGUGCAUUCCAGUCGAUAGGAUGGCCGUGUGUAGUUGCUAUCAUGGCACGGUGGCACGGGAAGAAAGGCCGGGGGCUGGUCCUUGGCAUGUGGAAUGCACACACGUCCUUUGGGAAUAUCCUCGGCUCGUUAUUAGCUGCUGCGUCUCUCGCUUCUGGCUGGGGCUGGGCGUUUGUCGCCCCCGGGAUUGCGAUCAUCGUAGCGGGGUUUAUCGUGCUACUGUUUCUGCCGCCCGGCCGGAAAAUCUGGCGUUCGAGAGCCCGGAUGUGGAGGAGGAGAAGGUGGUGGAAAUGGCGAUGUGUGGGGCCCGGGGGGGUGCUGUAUAGUCCUGUGGGGACAAACGAAGGAGGAGGAGGAGGAGUGGGUGACGGUGGUGGUGGUAAGGCAAGUGGUGCUGGUGGGUCUGGUGCGGGGAGGAGUAGAGAGAGCAGUGCAGCAACUCGGGAGGGUAGUGAGCAGGAGUCAGCAGGAAAGGGGGGGGGAGAAGCCUCUUCAGGAAAAGCAACUUCAGGAGAAACUAUAGGCGAAGCACUGGCAAAGGGAGGGGGAGGUAGGAGAUCUAGUCCUCUAGGCGGGCGCGAGAGAGGGGCAGGAGUUAAUAAAGGUGUGGCAGCAGCAGAAACGGGCUCAGCAGCAGCUGCAGCAGCAGCAGAAGCUCUGGUUAACCAUGUGAGAAGGAGCCCAGAAAACCAAGCUCUACAAAACGGGACUUGCCAUAACGAGGACGGAGCCAGAUCUCCCCCGCCUAAGUUACACCUCCCCCCAAACCAGCAGCAGCAGCAGCAGCAGCAGCAGCAGCAGCAGAAAGACGUGUCAACCUAUGAUGACGACACCGCAGGGCUCUUAGAGGAGCUGGAGACAGCAGCAGGCUCUAUAGCGAGUAUGAACGCGAGAGGCAGGGGGGGCAGCAGCGGCGGUGAGGGGGGCGAUCGGGCAGUGGGGUUUCUGGAGGCGUGGAGGAUCCCUGGCGUGGCGGCGUUUGCCCUCUGCUUGUUCUUUGCCAAGUUGGUCGCUUAUACGUUCCUCUACUGGCUUCCUUUCUUCAUCAGCCGAACAGAGAUCGAGGGACACUAUCUCUCCGAUGCUCAAUCCGGCGUCAUGUCAACUGUUUUCGACGUGGGCGGCGUGGUGGGCGGCAUUCUUGCCGGCCAUUUCGCCGACCAAACCGCCGCCCGGGCCACCGUUUCGGCCUCUUUUCUCCUCCUUGCCGCCCCUGCUCUAGCCGCAUAUUUCCUCCUAGGGGGGAUUUCUUUAUGGGUGAAUAUCCUCCUUUUAGGCCUCUCUGGUGUGCUGGUUAACGGCCCAUACGCGCUUAUCACCUGUGCAGUGUCUGCCGAUCUCGGGCAGCAUAAAAGUUUGCAAGGGAAUGCCCGAGCGCUGGCUACAGUAACGGCGAUAAUCGAUGGGACGGGAUCUGUGGGAGCGGCAUUGGGACCGUUUAUAACGGGGUUUAUAUCACAACUGGGAGGUGGGGAAGGAGGAGUGGGAGGAGGAGGAGGAUUGAGUGGGUGGGGAGCGGUAUUUGUGAUGCUGGGGGUUUCACUGCUAGCUGCUGUGUUGUGCAUAGCAGGGCUUGUAGUGGGGGAGGUUCGGGGGAUGGUGGAGGGGAGAGGAGGUACGGCGGCGCCGCGGCAAAGUGUGGAGCAGGCUGCUUUGGAAAGAAGACCGCUGCGACUAGAAGAAGGCGGCUGACUGGUUGGUGGUGCUCCUACCCAUGUUACAGACCCGUUACAGUCUGGCUCUCUGGUUAUUGUUGGCGUUGCUGAGUCUACUCAAAACUAAAUUACUAUCAUGCAGGAGCCUGGAGGUUGAGGGGUUGCUUGCUAGUGCUGCUUCCCAUGUUACCACAUGACCCGUUACAGUCUGGCUCUCUGGUUUUUGUAAGCAUUGCUGUGCCUUAAAGCAUAAAGAGCAGAUGA